CAGUACUCAGAUUUCUGAAAUGAAGUCAUGUCUUGCAUGAUUCACAUACCACUUGCUGUUUGAGGUCAGGAAAACAUAUCUUCCCACCCACUUUUCUUAACACACUCCUGCUUUAAUGCUUUCAAAUUUUCUCUUCUACUAUUAAAAUCCAGAUCAGUCUGAUUUAGAUUUUCCAUCUUUCUUUGGCCCCUAGUCUUCAUGGCGUCUGCAUCCUCAUCUCACAAACGUUCUUUCAGUGAUUUUCACAGGGAAAAUCCCGCUGUAUCUAAAAAAAUAUUUGAUGCAUUCAUCAACCAUCGAGGCCCUGACGUCAAAGACACUCUGGCUUUUGCACUUUACGAUUCGUUGGAGGAGGAUGGAUUUUGGACAUUUCUUGAUGAUGUGGAAAUAGAAUUGGGAGAUUCAAUUGAGUCUGCCAUACAAAAUGCCAUUUACUCUUCUAAACUGCAGAUCGCGAUCUUCUCGCCACGGUAUGCGGAGUCCUCGUGGUGUCUAGAUGAGCUGCUUCUCAUGUUGGAAACCAAGGCUCGCUUUAUUCCAAUAUUUUGUGAUGUGAAGCCUUUUGAACUUCGCUACCCUGACAAGGGAGUUUAUGCAGCUGCAUUCGCCAAACAUGAAGAAAAAGGGAGAUUCAGCAAGGAGAAGAUUGCCCAGUGGAAAGAAGCCCUCCACUCUUCUUCACUCAUCUCUGGCUACGAAUUCAGCACAUCUAAUGAUAAUGUGGAGAUGCUGUGUUCCGAGAUUACCUUGGCUGUGCAACAAGAAGUGGGGAAGACAUUUAAGGGGGUUGGAAAACAUCAGAAAGGUCUUGAUGCAGACGAAGCAGCGUCAACAAGUACAUCAGCAAUGGUGAAGAAAUCUAGUCUUCUGCCCAGAAAUUCACGUCCAGUGGGCUUACAAUCCAAAGUUGAAGACAUAGUAGGCUUGUUGGAAGACCCAGAAGUACAAGUCAUAUCUGUCGUUGGUAUGGGUGGCUUGGGGAAGACAUUUCUUCUCCAAAAUGUCUACAAAGUUGCAAAAUCCAAGUAUGAUCAUUCUAUUUGGCUCUCCAUUUCUAAAUCUUACUCUCUCAAGAAUUUGCAAGAUGAUAUAGCCUCCCACAUAGGUAUAAAUAGUAAAAGUGUAAGUGAAGAGAGAGCGGCUGAAUUGAUUCAUGACCAUCUCCAAGGGAAAAGAUCUCUCAUUGUGCUGGAUGAUCUCUGGACGCUGUCUUCUGAAAAUUCUCUCAUUGAUAAACUUGGUCUGCCAGCCGAUAAAGAUUGUAAAAUUGUGGUCACUACAAGAAAUAGGCAGGUUGCUUUAAAUUCAAAUGCUCGAAUCUAUGAGAUGCAAAAUUUGUCAGAUGAAGAGAGUUGGAUGCUGUUUUGUAUCUAUGCAUUUCCGAAUAGUGCAGGAAAUAGAGCGCCACAACACAUGGAAGAGGAGGGUCGGAAGAUUGUAAAACAAUGUGGGAAUUUACCUCUUGCUAUCAAAACGAUAGCAGCAUCGUUGGCCAACACUACGCUUACAAAUUGGGAGUGGAAGCGCAGUCAGCUUGAAAGAGUAGUUACUCCCACCGGAGAGCAUGACCCUGUCAUGGAGAUACUGAAGCUGAGUUAUGACUCUUUGCCUCCACACCUUCAACCGUGUUUUGCAUAUCUAUCCUUCUUUCCCGAGGAUGAGGAGAUAGAAGCAGGGUAUUUGAUAAAUCUGUGGAUAGCGGAAGAAUUCAUCCCGGCAGGAGAGGAGCAGUGGGAAAUGGCCUGGCAUUGGUUAGAUCAACUUGCACAGCUGUGUAUGCUCCAAGUAUAUGAGGCAGAUUAUGAUAUUCUAAUCAAACACUGUAAAAUUCAUGAUUUGUUGCACGAUUUGGCAAUACACAUAUCAAGAGAAGAUAAAUGUGUUUUGUCUAUUCAAGAAGUGUCUUCACAUACAAGUAAUUCCAUGGGCUGGUGUCGGAUUCUACUUGCCAAGAAAGGUCUGCAUGUUUUCAAUGCCAUCUCAGAGAGCCGUCCUGUUUAUCUCCGUACACUUUCACUGUCUCGUAAUUUAGGGAUUACAAGCAUUCCAGAAAACUUGUUUACCACUAUGAGAGGACUGCGCGUUUUGGAUUUGAGCUACACAAACAUCUCUACAUUGCCUGCGUCUCUUGGAAAGAUGAUUCUUAUCAGAUUAUUGAAUUUGACUUAUACACAGAUAGAGGAGGUGCCGGAGUGUGUGAGACACCUAAAAUGCCCCUUGUUUCUUGAUUUACCUCAGAGUUGUAAGUCAUUACCGGCAUGGAUAAGUGAUCUUAGAUGUCUUCAGCAUUUAAAAGUCAACCGCAUUCAUAGGAUCCCAAGAAUAACAAAUUUGAGAACACUAGAAUCAAAGUUGGACUUCCGUACAGAAGAGGACAAAUUCACGAGGUUGGAUAAUUUGGUGAAUAUGACUCAGCUUCAGAAACUAAUCUUAUUUGUUGACAAUGACAUGGAGUUGAAGAGGAUAGAAGAGGGGAUCCUUGCCCAACUGGUGAAGAUGCGUUGUCUAGCAAUCUUCAAUAAUAGAAAGGAGUUUAGGGAGUUUCCAGGGAAAAUGAGAGCAAUGAAACAUCUGGAAAGUCUUGAACUACUGCAGUUUGUAGUGCCAAGUUGGAUAUGCGAGUUUGCAAAUCUGAAACGAUUAGAUUUAAUGGACUGUGAGUGUAGUGGUUAUCCGGAGUUGGAGAGAAUGCCCAAUCUGGUGGAAUUGUCGCUAGAUGGGAAUGAGAGUUGCACAGAAUUGCCAAAGGCGUUUGGGAAGUCAUGGGGGUUUUCACAGCUCCGCAUUUUGUCUAUUUGCAGUUUCUCUUCAUUAGAGGAAUUCCCUGGAUUAGAGGAGGGAGCGAUGGCAUGCCUUCAAAAAUUCUCUAUAUUAGGCUGUCCAAAAGUGAAGGAAGUGGAAGGAUUGGAGCAGUUGAAAAGACUGGAGUUGUUGGACUGCCGUGGGACGAAUGAAUGGUUGGAAACUUUAAAGGAAGGUGGAGAAUAUUGGAAAAAAAUCAAAUCCAUAAAUCCACAUGUAACUAUUACAAUUGAUACUUAAAAUCUUUUUUAUUUAAAUUA